CUCCAAAACGCGUAGAUGUGACCAUGCUAUCAAGCAGGCCUGAAUCCUUCAAUACCGGUAUGAAUUCGCAAAGUUGUGCAGCUCUGGUUCUGAGCCUUCAGUUUGGCUAGAUCGCUUCAGGUACCUACUAGCUAUCCAGUGAGGCAGCGUGGAGGGCCAAUGCCUCUGAGUCUUGUAAACGCUGCAUUUUGCCAGUGAGUGAGCAACGAGAGGACCCAGGUUGACGGGUGGUUUACCUCAGAAAAACACUGCCUGCUGGUGGCAACUGGGCGAUGCGGGCAACAUCAUGGAGGACCGCCACCUGCUAUAUGCUUCCGCGCUCCUUACAGCAGCAAUAGGCACCUACAUACUCAUGGAGCGAAACAGGAAAAAAGAAUCUGGCGCAAAUACAGCGAGCAAGCAAGGAAAGAGCAAGAAGGAUGUAAAGCUAGUACUUGAGAAGGACCACUUUGAGUGGCUAAGAGACAUGGCGCAAAAGCAUAACUUGCCGGAUGAUGGCAAAGCACUCCGGGUCCUUCUAUCUUAUGCAAAAAAUGAAGGAAAUGAUGAAGCUAUCUUCAAGAAGAUUCGUUGCAUCCAGUGCAGCAAGAAGGACAAGUCAGCAAAACGGUUCACCAUUGAGCAGGCACACGAGGCCUACCUCAGCACAGUUAUCGCUGCUUACAAGCUGCCUGAUGUGAACAAGGGUGUUCGGAUACUGAUUGAUUAUGCCAGCAGCGAAGGAGACGAAGAUCUGAUUUUCGAGGUGAAACGUUGCGCACAUGGUGCAACGUGUCAAAGCUGCUAGCUUUGGACAAGGUGUACUAGCUUACUAGUCACAAACCCUUGAAACAACUUCAGAAGUUUGGCAAUUAAGUCAUUGAGGUUAUCAGUGAUGCAGUCCAAGCAUAGGCGGAUUGUCUAUUUUGAGAAGUUAUUUCUAACAUCAAUGUAGACAUCAAGGAUCAAAGGCAGGUUGAAACGUAUCACACAAUUCUUGCGCGAUGCGUUUCUUAGUAGGCAACAUUCCUUCAUAUGACUAUCGUAAGUCGGACGCUUGAAUGUGUCCGUGACAAUUGCGUUAGAGCAUGCCAAAUUAAUUCGCAUGUAAAGCGCGUAGAGCCGAUUCUCCCACAUAGUUUCUCCGGUUUCUCCGAUGUGUUCAUGGGCUGGAGGCACAGCGCGGC